AUAAAAGGAAAAAAACAAUUUUGGGAAGCGCGUUCCGAAAUAUUUCAAACGAGGGGGAAAAAUCGGAAAGGAAAACCCUUUUCCCACUUUUCGUUCCUCUAAACCCUUAUUUUUUCUGAUUUUUCACCAUUACCCUAUUCAAAUUCCCCUCCAAAACUUGUCAUCGAUUUAGGGUUUUAAUUAUUUUUUCACCGAUUCCUUAUACUUUUUUUUCUCAAUCAAUUUUGAAGCCCUAAUUUUAUGUUUAGUGGAAGGUUGAGCGAUGGCGCAAACGGUAAAGAAGGAUAUGAUUGGUCGGGUUACUCGAAGCAGUUCGCAGAACAUCAAUGAAUCACAAGAUACGACAAAUCACGGCAGAGCUGAAGAUGGUGUUGUUGCACGCAGGAUUCUUCGCUCCAAAUACCUCAAAUUUAAGAACCGGAUUAAAGAUGAAAGAGAUGAUAUAUCAAAGGUUGAUUCAGAUAAGUUCAAAUCAAUUCUUGAAGAAGUUGAUGGCUUGCAUCGGCAAGUACAAAAACCCAGGGAACAAGUAGCAGAUGCUGAAGCCUUGUUCGACAUUACAAACACAUUGGUUACCUCUGUUAAGGCAUUUAACAGUGAGGGCGUCACACCUGCAGAUUUUGUUAGCUGUCUUCUUAAGGAUUUUGGUCAAGAAGGUGGACAAAGCAGCAGCCAAGACGAGGUUAGGAGUUUGAUACGCUGGAAAGACAUCGGUGAACUGGUCUCUCAUGUUUUCAGAAGCACUCCUAGUUGUUGCACAAUGAUUGGGCCUAUGAACACUGAACUGAAGCAGCGUAAGACGGCUGUUCAUAGAAAGCGUGCAAAACCAACCGAAAAUGCCCGUCCUGAAGAGAUAGAUGCAACUGGUAAUAAGGAAAAGACUGAUACGGAUAAGAACAUGGCCACUAUGUUUAAUAUUCUAAGGAGGGACAAGGACAUAAAGGUCAAUCUUGAGAAUCUGAUAUUGAAUCGGAAGUCCUUUGCACAGACUGUUGAAAAUUUAUUUGCUCUAUCUUUUUUGAUAAAAGAUGGGCGUGCCGAGAUAUCAGUGGAUGAGGCUGGGCGCCAUCUAGUUUCCCCAAGGAAUGCGCCUAGAGCCAAUGCAAUUCUAUCUGGAGACGUCACUUACAGCCAUUUCGUAUUCAGAUUCGACUUUCGAGACUGGAAGUUGAUGUUGACUUCUGUUGUGGCUGGAGAGGAACUAAUGCCACAUAGAAGAGAGGUGAAUGAAGAAGAACGUAAUGUUCGACGAAACUUGGAAUCCGAAGACGACGAAGAAGAAGAAGCUCAAGCAACGAUGGCUACGACACCGAUAAGGAAAUUGUGCAGGAACAGAGGAUUGGUAAUGCAAGAGCAGUCGGUGGUCGAAGAUUCUCCCGAAAGUAACGAUACGGCUGCUGGUAGGGCUGCUGCGAUUCGGAAAGGUAAGAGAAAACUAAUGUGAAGAAUCUUUAAUUAAUUAAAUCAUUAAAUUUUGGAUUUUGUUUUGUUCUUCUAGUUUUAUAUGCACCAGAUUAGUUAGGCCAAUCUCUCCUUGGUUUCAUGUACAGAUUUAAGAGUUGUUUCUUGACUAGUUAUUAUAAUAGACAUAUUUAAUACUAAUUAUAUUCAGUGUUCAAAAGUAUUUAAAUGUUUUAAUGA